AUGGCCCUUUGCGACGCUGUAGUGGCUCGAUACACCUCUCCUGCCACAGCUGAGCUUAGCCGCCUCAUGCUGCCCUACCUGUUUCCUGAGCUGUCCACUUUUUCCACGGUUGCCGAUCUCAUCACCCACCUUCGCACUAGCGACACUCGCCUUCGCGCCGCCCUCCCCACAGAGUUCUGUGCUAAGAACCCACCUCCGAUGUACAGGACCCUCCACUUCAUAAUUACCCGCCUCCCCGACUCACUGAGCUCGAUAAGGGACUAUUUUCUCGCUCGCAGUCCCACCGACCUCACUGUAGACCUCCUAGAGGGCCUCCUUGUAGCAGAGAAGAGCAUUGUUGCUGUAGGUGCUGCUCGCGGUGCUCCUCGCACCCCUAUCUUCGAGGGGUGCUCUCCCUCUCCCCUCGCCCCCUCCUUUGCUACUGCUGCUGCUGUUGACUUCCUUGGUGCUGAGUCUGCUGGUGCUGCCUCUGCUCCUAGUGGGAGGCGUCGCAACGGCAAGGGCAAGGGAGCCAAGGGCGGCGGAUGUGGCUUCGGGGGGGGUGGAGGUGGAAGAGGUGGAGGAGGAGGAGGUAGUGGAGGGGCUGGUGGCGGGAGUGCUGGCGGGAGUGGUAACGUCGGUAGCGGUGGUGGAGGCGGUGGCGGCGGAGGGGGUGGCGGCGGGGGUGGCAGCGGGAGUGGCGGCGGCGGUGGCGGCCGGGGCGGUGGUGGCGGUGGCGGUGGCGGUCGGGGUGGAGGCACUAGCGCUGGCCAGAGACAGCAGCAGCAGCAGCGUCCCCAGACGUCCCAACAAUUUCGUGAGUGGCUUGCUCAACGUGGGAAGUCUGGGGGUGGUGGUCGCUGCCCAUAUGUCAUUCGCACAGGUGACCGCAAGGGUCAGACGUGCAACAGUACCGCACUCACACUGCUCCCUGCGCCUGUCGCCGUCUCACUGGCUGACCCCUGGGGGGGCCCAGUUCUUGCACGGUCCACCACUGUGCUUCUGUGUCCGGCGGUCCCGUCUGGCUCACUGUCAGGUCUCCACCUCCCCUCGUUCUCGACGAACUUGGUGAGCAACGCUGCCCUUCAGGAUGUGGGGGUUAAUACCUUCACCCCUGCAUGGCAGCGUGUGGCGAUCUGCACGUGUGCACAGACUGGCCAUCACCUGGCCACGUUCACCCGUCGGCCAGGGUCGAGUCUUUACACACUGACGACUGUGUCUCCUCAGGUUGCUACUGUCGGCCAGGUGUCUGCGUCAGCCCUGCGCGUCGCGCCCGCUGCCCGCGCGUCGCGCUGCAGCCCCGCGCGUCGCGUUCGCUGCCUGCGCAUCGCGCUGCAGCCCCGCGCGCCACGCUCGCUGCCCGCGCAUUGCGCUGCAGCCCCGCGCGCCGCGCCCGCAGCUCGCGCAUCGCGCUGCGUCCCCGCGCGCCGCGCUCGCAGCUCGCGCAGCGCGCUGCAGCCUCACGCGCCGCGGCUGCCCCUGGACGCCGCCCCUGCCUUGCUGCCACCGUCGUUCCUGCAGCAGCUGCCACGGAGCGCCCUACUACAGUCGCGGCCCUGCCCUGGAGCAGCUGCCGCGGAGCCUCCUGCCGCUGUCGCGGCCCUGCCCUGCAACAGCUGUCGCGGAGCCUUCUGCCGCGGUCGCGGCCCUACCCUGCAGCAGCUGCCGCGAAGCCUCCUGCCGCGGUCGCGGCCCCGCCCUGCAGCAGCUGCCGCGGAGCCUUCUGCCGCGGUCGCGGCCCCGCCCAGCAGCAGCUGCCGCGGAGCCUUCUGCCGCAGUUGCGGCCCCGCCCUGCAGCUGUCACGGCCUCGCCCUGCAGCAGCUGUCGCGGACCUGCCCUACCGCCGACGCGGCCCUACUCUGCGGCCGCUGUUGCGGCCCUGCUGA